AUGCCGCCUUCACAGUCCUUGAUCGUCGCCACCGCCUACGACACCCUCAGUCUUGAUGGCUUGCGCUCAUCGCUCAGACAGACGGCGUCACGUACCAUCUUCGUUGACGCCGCGCUCCUGGUCAGCCUUGUCAAAGUGCUGCCCGACAUACCCAGCCUUGAAUUCGUCGUGCUGAACAACACGUCAACUACUGCGGCUGUGGCUGCCGAUGCAGUUGACGUCAUUUGUGACCGGUUUCCGCAUGUUUAUCUUCUCUCGUAUGACGAACUUAAGCAGCUGAGCCAGGAGACGCCGACCAAGCACGUUCCUCCGCGCCCAGAAGACCUCGCCUGUGUCAUGUAUACGAGCAGUCUUCAGGCGUCUUUUGAUGAGUAG